AUGAAAAUUGACUUCGCUCUCAUACUGGCGUGCACCUUACUUGUGGGCACAUCUUGGGGGAGGGGUGGAGGCGGAGGAGGAGGCGGAGGCGUGGUGCCGGAUGGUCCGUGCAGGCCGGGCUUCUCCGAGAGCUUCUACACGGUCUUCAUCCCGCGGGAGCUGCUGCACGGCCAGAGCCAGAGCAUCCUCAGAGAUACCCUGUUGGCAGCAGACCGCGUGAAGUUUGAAGGUUGCCAUGGCGUCGACUUACUCGGCUUCGAGAGCAGCGACCCAAACUACAGCGUGCUGCCCGACGGUUCCGUGUACGCGGAGAAAGACGUGUCCAACCUGUCGGAGCCCGUCCAGUUCAUGGUGACGGCGCGCGGCCGCGGGCGGAGCCUGGAGGCGCACAUCUGGGAGACGACGGUCAAGCUGGCCCUGGCAGGACACCCGUCUCAGGUGGGAGAGGGCGGAGCCUAUCCACGGCACCACCUGCUGCCGCGGGUCAUCUCGUUUCCACGGCGACGCAACUCUCCGCUCUCACUGCGUCGGCAGAAGAGAGACUGGGUCAUCCCGCCCAUCAACGUGCCGGAGAACUCCAGAGGACCCUUUCCGCAGAUGCUUGUCAGGAUUCGCUCUGAUAAAGACCGAGACACCCAGAUCCGCUACAGCAUCACAGGGGCGGGCGCUGACCAGCCCCCCACCGACGUGUACAACAUCGACCCGGUGGCCGGGAAGAUGUACGUCACCAGGCCCCUGGACCGCGAGGAGAGGGCCUCCUACCAUGUGAAAGCCCAUGCGGUGGACAUGAACGGGAUCCAGGUGGAGAGCCCCAUUGACCUGUACAUCUAUGUGAUCGACAUGAACGACAACAGACCGGAGUUCCAGAACCAGGUGUACAACGGCUCCGUGGCCGAGGGCAGCAAGCCAGGUACUCCUGUCAUGCGGGUGACCGCCCACGAUGCGGACGACGACACCACGACCAACGGCAUCAUCCAGUACCGCAUCCUGUCGGAGACGCCGCACAGCGCCGCUCACAUGUUCACCAUCAACGGGGACACGGGAGACAUCGUCACCGUGGCAGCCGGGCUGGACAGGGAGAGAGUGCCCCAGUACAUGCUCAUCGUCCAGGCCACGGACAUGGAGGGCAGCCAGACCAUCGGCCUGUCCAACACGGCCACCGCCCUGAUCACCGUGAGGGACAUCAACGACAACCCGCCGGAGAUGACCGCCCGCACGUUCUCGGGCGAGGUCCAGGAGAACGUUGUGGACGUGGUGGUGGUGAACAUCUCGGUGACGGAUCGCGACCAGCCGGAAACCCCAAACUGGAGAGCGGUCUAUAAGAUAGUUCAUGGGGACCCCCAGGGCCACUUCGCCAUCAACACAAACCACGUCAACAACGACGGCAUGGUGACAGUCGUUAAGCCGGUGGACUUUGAGAACAACCGCUCGUUCAUGCUGACCGUGGUGGUGCACAACCCGGUGGACCUGGCCAAGGGCAUCCAGUCGUCGCCCGAGUCCACCGCCGGCGUCAGCAUCUCGGUGCGCGACGUCAACGAGGCGCCCUACUUCCCCUCCAACCCCAGACCCAUCCGCUUCGAGGAGGGCGUCCCCGCCGGCACCAUCAUCCUCGUCUUCGCCGCGCAAGAUCCCGACAUGCUCACCCGCCAGAGGGUCAGGUACUCCAAGCUGUCCGACCCGGCCAACUGGCUGCGGAUCAACACCUCAAAUGGGGAGAUCACCACGCUGACCACCCUGGACAGAGAGUCCCCUUACAUGAAGAACAACGUCUACGAAGCCACCUUCCUCGCCGCCGAUGAUGGCCGGCCCUCGGCCACAGGCACAGGCACGCUGCACAUCUCGCUGAUCGACAUCAACGACAACUUCCCCGUGCUGCAGCCCAGGGAAGCGCAGGUGUGCGAGCGCUCGCGCUACGGCUCCCGGGUCAACCUGACCGCCUCGGACCCGGACGCUGACCAGAACGCCGGGCCCUUCACCUUCGAGCUGCCCCACUACCCUCCCUCUGUGCGACGGAACUGGACCAUCACACCGUUCAAUGGUAACUACGUGCAGCUGCGUCUGAAGCUGCACUACCUGCAGGCGGGCGUGUACAACGUGCCGGUGUUGGUGACCGACUCGGGCAACCCGCCCAUGUCCAACAGCUCGGUGCUGAGGGUCAAGGUGUGCCCGUGCGACGUCGACGGCUACUGCACGGCCGUGGGCGCGGUGGCGGCCGCUGGACUGGGCACCGGAGCCAUCAUCGCCAUCCUCAUCUGCAUCAUCAUACUGCUGAGCAUGGUGCUGCUCUUUGUGGUGUGGAUGAAGAGGCGGGAGAAGGAGAGGCAGACGAAGCCGCUCCUCAUCGACCCAGAGGACGACGUGAGGGACAACAUCCUGAAAUACGACGAGGAGGGGGGAGGAGAGGAGGACCAGGACUAUGACCUGAGCCAGCUGCAGCAGCCUGAGUCUCUUGACCACAUCAUGGCCAAGCCGGUCGGGGUGCGGAGAGUGGACGAGAGGCCGGUAAUCGCCGAGUCCCAGUACCCGGCCCGCUCCGCCCUACCCCACCCCGGGGACAUCGGAGACUUCAUCAACGACGGCCUGCGGGCAGCAGAUAACGACCCCACGGCCCCUCCGUACGACUCGCUGCUGGUGUUCGACUACGAGGGCAGCGGCUCCACGGCCGGCUCGGUCAGCUCGCUGGACACGUCCAGCUCCGGCGACCAGGACUACGACUACCUCAACGACUGGGGGCCGCGCUUCAAGAAGCUGGCCGACCUCUACGCUGGCGGGGAGGAGGACUGA